ACAAAAUCCAACUGGGAGACAAACAACACCAAGUGAAUUUCGCUAUCGCGGUAAACAAAUUGUACGACCACAAAGAUUUAACAGCAAAGUCAAGCUACAGAACAAUAAAACAAAAUAUGUUUUUGGGUGCAUCCAAGGUGUGGUCCAACCGAACUGGUUACGAUUUCAUUUAAAUUUAAAUGUAUUUUUAGAUAAGUUCUUAUGUGUUGUGAGGUCUCCAAAAGCAUCGGAUUCCCGCUGCGAGACUUAUUGCCACCAGGCCCGUACGUAUGAUCCUUACGCGGUAGCUGAUACCCUCGAUAUGGCGUUUAAAUGAUCGCCUUAUCCGUCGCUGCUGUAGUUGCUGUAUGUGCGCCUCGAUGUUAUCGAUUAGGGCAUCGGGCAUUGGUUGGACGCCUGUCAUAUUGUUCCACGUACUUGGUGUCGUGGAUUUCGUGUUCUGUAGCCACCGCUCUAUCUCGCCCACCACGUUUGCGUAUCCGCCCAAAUCGCCGACUUCCAGUAUACCGCCGCCUGCUGUUAGGCUUAUUGCAUCGAAUAUGCAGAGCUCAGCCGGUUGUGGUUACGGUUCGUCGUUCGUCGAUAUUGUUUCAUAGUAUAUACGCAAGCGCUUUUUAUACUCGAUAUACCCUCUGCCACGCACUUUACCGUCUUCCUCGGAUAUUUCGAGUUCCCCUCACUCUUCGUCAUCGCUACCGCUGCUACCUGCAUCUUCCUCGCUUCGUACGAAUAGUAUUGUUGAUGCAGACUCACUCGUUCUUUUUGUUCUGGCUCGUUGUGUUGAUGAGAAAGUAUCUCCUCCUCUGUAAGCCUUCGUAUACGUACGCGCUGCCACUCAAUUUUUCGUUUACUCCUGCUCGCUAUGUAUAUCGCGAAUAUUUGUUUUAGAGCACGUACACUUCACUAGCACAAUCUGUCGCUCGGUCACUUUAGUCGCUAGAACACUUGAUUGAGCAAUGCCAAGAGACCGCAAAGGGGCUGAUUUGAGCCGCAAAGCACAUCAGAAAGCACAGAAGAACAAAUCCAGCAACAAAAUACUGACGCACGUCUCAGAAUAGCGCAAUUGCAUCAAGAAGAGCCAGAAGAUACACGAGCUGAACUCAAUGAAGUCAGAAGAUUAGAACAACGACAAUUAUACCGUUUCACAGUCAAUAGACGAAGAACAAAUGACGAACAACGACAACAGAUACCUCGAGCAUUUAUAUCUGAUUCAUUCCUGCGUCUAGCAUUCCGGUAUGAGCCCGAUAUUGAAUAUUAUGCUCAUUCAAAAGUGGUAAUUGGUGCCAUGGACAAGGAAUGUCCGCAUUGUCAUGCUCUGAAAUUCAAAAAUGAACCAGCUGGGAUUUGUUGCGCGUCAGGAAAAGUGCAACUACCUGAAAUUGAAACACCACCUGAACCAUUGAACGGCUUACUUAUCGGCACGGAUCCAGAUUCUAACGUGUUCCUGAAGUCAAUUCGCAGAUUCAAUUCAUGCUUUCAAAUGACAUCGUUCGGAGCGACAGAAAUAGUUCAAAAUACUAAUGCAAAUGGUCAACAAUUCAAUUCUACAUUCAAAAUCAGAUGCCAAGUUUAUCAUAAAAUGGGCUCACUGCUGCCAAUGUCAAACGAACCACAUAAUUUCUUACAAAUCUACUUUAUGGGCGGCGAGGAUUCUGGAAACGCACUUGCCAAUCGCGUGAAUGCACGUUGUGAUUAUAAUAACCUUGAUUCACUUUAUGCCAGGCGCAUUGCCAGCGAGCUAGAUGCUCUUUUGAAUGAGCACAACGAGUUGUUGAAAAUAUUCAAAUCACAUAUGCACCAAUUACAAAGCGAUAAUCACGUUAUCGUCAUUAAUCCUGAUAAAACACCAGCUGGAGAGCAUAUUCGUAGAUUCAAUGCACCCGUUGUUGAUGAUGUUGCUGGAAUCAUGGUUGACGAUUGUACAGCUGCACGAGAAAUUGUGAUUCGGAGAAGAAAAAAUAAUCUUCAGUUCAUUGUACGCCGAAGAGCGCAAGCACAGGCGCAGCAACAACAACAGCAGCAACAACAAUAUAAUUUAGAAAAUGCACGGUCAUAUUGUACGAGCGAACCGCGUCUCAGCGAAACGGAAACGCCGCCGCAAAGACGCAAAUUAUCGCAACGAAGACCACAACCGCAUGCACAGCGAAAAUCAAAUGCGUUCCUCGAUGUGCCCGCAAUGCAUCAUUUGCGUGUCAGCGACGAUGAUGAAGAUUUGGAUCGUUUGCGCACAUUUAGUGCUUCCAAAGGCGGCGUUAUCAACAGAGGUGACUCCUUUCGACGUCGCCGUUCGCGCAGCAACAGCUUGGCACCCAUUAGUCCCAUACAUCCGCGUCUCGGCGGUGGCGGUGUUGGCGGCAGUGUUGGCGGUGGCAUUAAUGGUGAUUACACGUGCGCACAGGAUGAGCCACAACAACAGCAGCCGGUCGAAGUGUUUCAUGUUGAGAUGCUGGGCGCAUCUGGCGUUGGUAAACAAGCGUUAAUCCAGCAAUUUCGUACAUCGGAUUGCAUAAAUGCCUAUGAUGGACCAGAAUGCGAUGUGGCGGAGCAAAAUAUUUCAAUAAUUUUAAAUGGCAUCGAAUCGGAAUUGAAAUUUACCACGGGCCAACAGGAUAAUAAGGAUGAAUUGGAAAAGGCUGACGCUUUUCUCCUUAUUUACUCUUGCAUUGACAAGGAGUCAUUCACACGCGCCAAACACAUUCUCUCACGGCUGCAGGACAUGGAUUUGAUACGUACACGUCCGAUUAUUUUAGUAGCGAAUAAAAUUGAUUUAGCACGUUCACGCGCGGUGUCUUCGCAAGAUGGCAAAUGCGUCGCUUGCACCUUUGGCGCCAAAUUCAUUGAGGUCUCGGCGGGCAUCAAUCAUAAUUGUGACGACUUAUUGGCUGGCACAUUGACACAAAUUCGUCUCAAAAAGGAUCAAAAUUUAUUGCAUACGCCCGAUGGUACUUUACGUACUGCUUCUAAAAAAUCCAAAGAGAAACAUAAAGAUAAAGAUUAUAAUAAAAAUAAAGAAAAAGAAAAACAAAAAGAAAAAGGAAAGGAGAAGGAAAAAGAGAAGGAGAAGGAGAUAGAAAAGGUUAUUGAUAAAGCUUUAGAGCAAAAUGGCGCUGAUUGUGUAAAUGAAAAAAAUUCUGAAAAUUUGGGCAAUCGCGAUGGUUGCUCCUCGCCAGCGCAUUGGUACAAGAGUCGCAGCGUUGUUUUGGCCAGCAUGAAAGCGCGUCAAAUGCUCACAUGGAUACUGGGUAAAGAGGAUUCGAAAUUUAAGAAUUGCGAGAAUUUACAAGUACUAUAAAAUGGAAGAUAAAAUCGGCGCACAACAAAAGGAUAAUAAAGGAAAAGCGUAUGGAGCGUGUUUAGAGUAUAGAAAUGUAUGAAAAAAAACGUAUGUUUGUAUGUAUAGAUAAUAAAUAGCUAUAAAAAUUAUUUUAUAAAAAUAUAUAAUAUCUUACAUCAUGCUACUUAGCUAUUAAAUUUAAAGUGUUUAUAUGUAUGCAACUAGUUAGCUAUAUAAAACUUAGCUACAAAUGUAUUUAUGUAUGUGUUUGUAAAUAAGAAAAAUUAGAAAAAUAAAAAAUAAAAUAAAAAUAAAAAUAGAGCUAUAUACAUAUAUGUACUCCAAAUUGGUGAGUUUAGGUUAGGCGUGACAUGAAUCAAUAUUCUUAUACCAAAAAAAUAUUUAUAAUUAUCGAAAUAUAUAUAUAUAUACAUACAUA